GAAUAGCGCGCGCGGCGGCGGCGGAGCAGCAGCAGGAACAGAACUAGGAGGAGGAGUAACAGGAUUGUGGGGCCGAGAGAAAGCUUUUCUUAAUCGGUUGUUUACCGGGUCAUGUCGGGGAGGCUCUGCCCGGUAUAGACGCCUGAAAGGCGGGAUGUCGGACCUGAGGGAAAGCCAUUGUUACGGACUGUCCAGCGGGAAACUGAGCCGCGGAGGAAACAUUUCGGUUUUUCACGUCAAACUCACUGACAGCGCUGCCAGAGCCAUCGGUAGCUUUCAAAACAGCAAGGGCUGCUCCACUCAUCCCACCAUCUGCUUCAAUGGAAACCAAGGGAGAAUCACUGUUCCUUGUUCAGACAAUCGCGAAGAAGUCCGAUUAUUCACUUUUGAAGUGGCCAACGUUGCGCGCAACAAUCCAAACGGAAGCUUUGACUGCGUCCAGCAGCUCCACAAUGGAGCCUCUGAAGAGCUGUCAUGUCUCGGGGUGAUUCAGAAGAAGAUGACGGUGAACGCCACAGAUGACUCGUACGAUAAGGCGCGUCAGAGCAUGGCCCAGGCCGAGGAGGAGACGCGCAGCCGAGGGGCGAUCGUCAUCAAACAUGGAGGACGCUACCAGGGUAAAAAGGUAACAGUUCGAGCUCCAGCCCCUGCGUUGGCCAGUCUGACAAAACCCAAACAUCAGUCGCCCCAGUCCAUUCUCAGAAACAUCCAGAAGGGGCUGGGGGUGUCCAGGGGGAAGAAGGCAACCUGCGUGUCCAGCAGGGGGAGCGGAGGUCCCGUUCAGGAGAGGCCGCUCAGGGAGAGGUUGACUCACCUGCUGGCUCUGAGGCCGUACAAGAGGCCGGAGCUGAUCCUGAGGUUGAAGAAAGACGGACUUUCAGCUGAGGACAAGGACAUGCUGGAGACUGUGGUGAUGGAGGUCGGGCAGCUCAACAGUCGAGACAACACAUUUGUUCUGAAGGACAGUCUGUACAAGGAGCUGCAGAAGGACUGGCCGGGCUACACUGAGGGAGACCAGCAGCUUCUCAAGAGGAUCCUCGUCAGGAGGUUAUUUCAGCCUCAACAGAACCUCCUCACCGCCCCUGAGGCCCAGGUCAGCCCACUGAGAGACACCCCUAAUUCCUCACCAGCACACCGUCCUAAACAUUCCCUGCCUGAGGAGUACACUGACCCUCUGGCCAACAAGAAACCCAGGAUAUCUCACUUGUCCAGAAAAGGCGACAAAUCUAGUUUGAGGACGUCUGAAGCAGUUUUUCAUAAGAAUGCUGUAGAAGUGAGAACAGAAGACAGAGAAGGGAAGAGGGACUCACUAGACCCUCGAAAGCUCUUUGACUCUUUGUCGGCCACCUGUUGGCAGGAGGAGGAAGAAGAGAAAGAGGAGGUGGCCAAAAGGCUCGAGCCGAGUCCCUGCGCCCUGGAGGAAGCUCAAAGUUUAGAAAAUCACCGUCGUCCUGACCCUGAUCGGCCUCCGUCACCUCUGAUUGUUCCUGUUCUGAGUAAACGCACAGCAAAAAGGAAAAAGAGCAAACACAAACACAGAAGACAGGAGAAGGAGAGGUGGAAGAAUAACAAGAGCAGAAAUGAUCACAGUGCAGAGGAGACAAACACCCAGAUGGAUCUGAGCGGCUCUGCAGACUGUGAGCCACGUGAAAUACUGUUCACUUCUGGAGCGCUGGGCGCUAACACUGACGCAGCCGAUUAUUUAAUAAAGUACACCGUGAUUUGCAGCCACGAACAGAGGCAGGGCUACAAGCAGGACUUUAACAAAGAGUACGACGAAUACCGUGACCUGCACGCUCGCAUCGACGGCGUCACUCGGCAGUUCUUGGACUUGGACUCGCAGCUCAAACAGCUGCACCAGGAAUCGCGUAAAUACAAGACGGUCCGUAAUCAAAUAUUUCAAGAGUAUCGCAAGAUUAAAAAGUCCAAUCCAAACUACAACCAGGACAAGAUCCGCUGUGAGUACCUUCACAACAAACUGGCCCACAUCAAGAAGCUCAUAUCAGAGUACGACAACCAGCAGCUCCUGGACCAUUCCUGUCCUAAAUGAUGAGCAGAAAUUCGCUGGCAUGAGUGAACUGAAAACACGCACAUCCUGAUGCAGCUUGCUAAGCUGAGUGCCGUCAAGCUGGGUCGGAAGUUCUCAGCUAAAUCUGUUCUUCUCUCCCGAGACCUGCUGGAGGAGGCGACGAAGAGCAGCAGAGAAGCGCCAGGGGGAUUUGUUGGACCUCUGAGGGGACGAGGACACUAGGAGGAGGAGACAGUUGUCUCGACGCUGAAUGGAGUCAGUUUAAUUUGCUGACAGAGGCAGAUUGUACUUUAAGUAGUUUUGUCAGUAAAAUCAAGCAUUUUCUUCUGUGUACUUUUGACCCUGGGACUAUUUCAGAUGGGAGUACCACAGAAUUCUGGCUGUACAUACAGUAUAAGACAUGGUGUUUUUCUUCUGUGGCCACAGAAAUAAAACACUGAACAUCUGUGCGUUGGUAUUUUUCAAGUUUCAGUCAUUUCUAACCUGAUCAGUGUUGUUUUUAGUCAGGUCUCCUCACUUCAGGCCUCAACAGUGACUUUUUAAAGUAUUGUCAGCACCUGUUGUGGUUAUGUGGGUCUGGUCUGGAUUCAUGAAGUUCCACUUCUUUCAUCCUCUCUGUGGUUCUCAUUCUUCAUUUCUUAUGACAUAAAUGACUGUUCUGUUAAUGUGAACAUUGUAUUCAGGGAAUUCACAGUGUCAGCUGCAGUAAACUGAUCAUCAAAGUAUGUUUUCAUGUAAGGUAUUGAAAUUUAUGAUGUUGUUAAUAUGAGCAAGGAUGGUAAACAAUUGAGAAAAAAACGAUUUUUUUCUUGCAUGCAGAAAACCUUCCAGAAAUGCAUGAGGAAUAAACAGACUUUCUGUCAAA